CGGCGAAGCAAGGUCUGCGCGCCGCUGCUGGAAGGGCGCGUAUUGAUUGCGAGCUUGGGCAGGGGUGACGUAGCCGCACCGAACACACCACCACCCUCGGACCAAUGGCGCGCGCGUGACGUCACCCCACAGCGUAUGGAUCGCCCCUGCCGUUAGGCAACCACUGCAGCAGUCGACGGUGCCGGUGUCCCUCCCGCGAACCACGCGAUGCCUUUCCUCGGCUGACCACCCCUGUCCUGUGCCCGCUCAGGUCGUUCUUCGCUUUGGACGAAGGUUUUGCCGAUUUUUGCUCACCACGGAAUCCACAAUGGAGAAGGAAGAGUCUUACUUUGCAGCCACGGCGAGCAAGAGUCGCUUCGAAUAAUUUGCACCCCGCGCGUCAAGACCAGAAGCGUCGAGAGAAAAAUUUCCCCUUCUUGGUCUAAAUGCCUAUAGUCAGUGACAUGGACCAGUACCUGCACUACAUUGGUGGGCCUGCCGGCGCCCUCGCCCUGACCGGUGUGGCCGCCGCUUCGGCCUACUACCUGGCCAGCAGACCGACACCUGAAAAGCCAUUGGUGCCUCUCGAUGAGCAGAGUCACCUUGUACCGGGACCUGAGUUGGUGCGGACUUCAAAGUUCUACAAGGAGGCCAAAGAAGGAAAAUUCCUCCGCUUCCUCCACGCCGAUACAAAGACCUUGUACGACUCUUUCAGGCGUGGUGCUAAGGAAUCAAAUAAUGGACCUUGUCUUGGGUGGCGCGAAACGCCGACCAAACCGUACCAAUGGCUGCACUACAACGAGGCGCUGCUCAGGGCCAAGAACUUUGGCUCGGGGCUGGUGGCCCUUGGUCUUGAGGCAAACCCGAAUACAUUUGUCGGUAUCUACAGCCAGAAUUGCCCCGAAUGGGUGCUCACAGAGCAGGGCGCCUACUGCUUCUCGAUGGUCAUUGUGCCUCUGUACGACACCCUCGGCCCCGACGCGUGCGCCUAUAUCAUCAAACAAGCAAAUAUCAAUAUUGUCGUUUGUGAGGACGAUGGCAAGUGCAACCUCCUGCUGGACCGUCCACCCAAAUGCCUGAAGCGGCUGAUCACAAUGAAGGAAGUUCGUCCGGCCACAAAUCAACGAGCAAAGAACAGAGGAAUCGAAAUCCUCAAGUUCGAGGAGGUUGAGCGUUUGGGAGCCGCGCAGGGCAAUAAAGAAGUGCCCCCCAAAGCGAGCGACGUGUGCACAAUCUGCUACACCUCAGGCACAACCGGCAACCCCAAGGGUGUCAUGUUGAGCCACGAAAACGUCGUGGCCGCCGUGGCCUCGGUGAUAAUGCAGCUGGGCGAUCACAAAAUCACCAACACUGACAUCAUGAUCUCUUUCCUGCCCCUCGCACACAUGCUCGAGCGAUGCUGCGAGAUCGGCAUCUACACUGUGGGUGGCGCGGUUGGAUUCUUCUCUGGCGAUGUCAAAAGACUGGCUGACGACAUGAAGGCGCUCAAACCCACCGUCACGCCGGCGGUGCCCAGGCUGCUCAACAGAAUCUUUGACAAGGUGCAGGCGGACAUCAGCAACUCAUUUAUCAAGAGGACCCUUUACAAUAUGGCCAUGAGCAGCAAAGAGAACGAAAUCAGGAGGGGUAUUAUCAGGAGAAACAGUUUCUGGGACAAGCUGGUCUUCAGAAAGGUGCAGGAGGGAAUGGGUGGCCAACUGAGACUGAUGAUCGUUGGUUCAGCGCCUUUGGCUGCCAACGUCCUCACCUUCGCCAGAUGUGCCUUGGGAUGCCUGGUGGUCGAAGGCUACGGCCAGACCGAGUGCGUCGCGCCAGUCACCCUGACUGUCCAAGGUGAUUAUGUUCCUGAACACGUCGGCCCACCCGUGGCCUGCUGCUCAGUCAAGUUGGUCGACGUCCCCGAAAUGGAGUACUUUGCCGUCGCCAACCAGGGCGAGGUGUGCGUCAAGGGCACCAACGUUUUCCAGGGCUACUUCCAGGAGCCAGAGAAGACCAGGGAGACAAUAGGGCCCGACGGCUGGCUGCAUACAGGCGACAUCGGAAUGUGGCUUCCCAACGGGACUUUGAAAAUCAUUGACAGGAAGAAGCACAUUUUCAAGUUGUCGCAGGGCGAGUACAUUGUUCCCGAGAAAAUCGAAAACAUUUACAUUCGUAGCCAGUAUGUGCAACAAGUAUUUGUCCACGGAGAAUCACUGAAGUCGUGUAUUGUGGCUGUAGUUGUGCCUGACGUAGAAGUAAUCAAGCAGUGGGCGUCUGAAAACCAAAUCGCCGGCACCCUUUCAGUCCUUUGCGCCCACUCGGAGGUCAAACGCCUCAUUUUGGACGACAUGAUUGUCUGGGGAAAGGAGGCUGGACUCAAAUCCUUCGAGCAGGUUAAGGACAUUUACCUGCACCCCGAUCCGUUCUCAGUUCAGAACGGUCUCCUAACACCCACCAUGAAGUCGAAGCGGCCUCAAUUGAAGAAAUACUUCAAGCCGCAGAUUGAGGACAUGUACGCGAAACUCAUCUAAGAGAAUUAAGGAGCAGACAGUGCUGGACAAUUUGUGCUGGAGAAGCUCCAGAUCCCUCUAGGGACACAGGCAGCCUUUUGAUACUUAAGUGAUAGACAUGUAUGGGGACGCGAAGAAAGAAGGGUAGACGACUGUAGAAUGUUUUCUUCAAUGAUAUGUUUUAAAAUUUUCCCUCCUUUGAAUGGAAAAAAAUUGCCCCCUUCAUCCCUCGACCCGUUGGAAUGAAGUUUUGUUUGAGAAAGAGAGGUGCGACAGCGAGAUUUUCACGGUCAAUUAUGAAAAAGGCAGAAAAGUAAUCGUGUAGUCUUACUACUGAAUAAUUAUAUCGACGAGUACUUUUUCCGCUCUGAAAAUUUUGUUCGAUUGUCUUUGUUGAUAUCGAUUGAGAAUCACAUUCCUAAAUAUUAUGAUACUGUUACUGCUUUCUAUUUUUAAAAGUAGUCUAACCAUUUAUCUCCUUUUGGUUUCUCUACGCCAAUUUUUUGUGUACAUUUUUUUUCUUUUCUUCGGCGCUGAUCUGUAGAAGAUUGUUGAGCAAUUCCGAGUGAUAAAUAUAUCAGAAUUUAUAUAAAUUCAUGUGCGACAAGUAUAAUAAUGUGCUAAUGAAUCCUAUGUAAAUCUUGUGA